GGUUGUCGGCGGUCGCUAUAGCAACGUAUCAGCUCGACGCCCGGGGACGCAGGAAAAUAGCUGAUCAGCUCUUCAUCGCCACAGAGGAAGCAUGUCCUCCCCGAGAGUAGGCGUGGUCAGAGACUCCAUGUUGACCAAUCCGCUGCUCAUCAAGGCAGCCCUGGGGCAGACCCGGUCCGGAGGUCGGUCACUUCCUGGUCCAGAGUUCACUUUUGGAAUCAGCAGCGGCUCCAUUGGAGAUGGAGGUGUGGCCGAGGCUCUGUCCAGCUGGAAGGUCCAGUCCAGGCGAGGAGACUCUGCUCCCCAUCGGCCGCUCGUUCCAGACUUCGUGUCUCUGAACCGGGACGCGGUGAAGUCCGGUUUGGUGACGUCCAAAGAGCUGAGUCAGUACCGGGCUCAGAGAGGCGGGGACAGGAGAGAGAACCCCGCCCCUUCACGCCGAGAGGGCGUGGCUGUGCAGCACCCGGCGGUGCCCGACAUCACGUUUGGAAUCACAGCCAGGCCGUCGUCUCCGCUGGCUGACCUCCUGUCCCAUGAGUACGCUCGCCGAUGGACUGACGAGCAGCUGCGCAGCAAUCGAACCAGCAACCACAAGCAGCUGCACACGAUGAAAGCAGGAAGUAUUCCUGACACGAGGAGCAGUCUGCUGAGGAGGAGCAGAACUCUUCCUGUCACACAAACACUGCUCACUGUGCCGCGCGUCAACCAGUUAACUCUACCUGUUCAGGUACUCUGUUCUCUACAUGUUCAGGUACUCUGUUCUCUACAUGUUCAGGUACUCUGUUCUCUACAUGUUCAGGUACUCUGUUCUCUACAUGUUCAGGUACUCUGUUCUCUACAUGUUCAGGUACUCUGUUCUCUACCCAUUCAGGUACUCUGUUCUCUACCUGUUCAGGUACUCUGUUCUCUACAUGUUCAGGUACUCUGUUCUCUACCCAUUCAGGUACUCUGUUCUCUACCUGUUCAGGUACUCUGUUCUCUACAUGUUCAGGUACUCUGUUCUCUACAUGUUCAGGUACUCUGUUCUCUACAUGUUCAGGUACUCUGUUCUCUACAUGUUCAGGUACUCUGUUCUCUACCUGUUCAGGUACUUUGUUCUCUACCCAUUCAGGUACUCUGUUCUCUACCUGUUCAGGUACUCUGUUCUCUACAUGUUCAGGUACUCUGUUCUCUACCUGUUCAGGUACUCUGUUCUCUACAUGUUCAGGUACUCUGUUCUCUACCUGUUCAGGUACUCUGUUCUCUACCUGUUCAGGUACUCUGUUGUUCUAUCACAGCAACAAACAGACCUCCUCUCUCCUCCUCAGGUCGCUCCAUCUCUGGACACCUUCAGGAACCACGAGUCCAGGAGAGGCGUUCAAGGGCCACCAGCUAGUCUCUCUAUCCAGGAGAGGCGUUCAGGGUCAGGGACGUAGAGUCUGGAUUGACCUGAGGAGGAACACAAAUAAAAAAGGAAAAGAUUC